AUGAAGGCACUGAUCCUGGUGGGCGGCUACGGGACGCGCCUGCGGCCGCUGACGCUCAGCACCCCGAAGCCGCUGGUGGACUUCUGCAACAAGCCCAUCCUGCUGCACCAGGUGGAGGCGCUGGCCGCGGCCGGCGUGGACCACGUGAUUCUGGCCGUGAGCUACAUGUCCCAGGUGCUGGAGAAGGAGAUGAAGGCGCAGGAGCAGCGGCUCGGCAUCAGAAUCUCCAUGUCCCACGAAGAGGAGCCUCUGGGCACCGCUGGGCCCCUGGCGCUGGCCCGGGAGCUGCUGUCCGAGACCGCGGACCCUUUCUUCGUCCUCAACAGCGACGUGAUCUGCGACUUCCCUUUCCAAGCCAUGGUGCAGUUCCACCGGCACCACGGCCGGGAGGGCUCCAUUGUGGUGACCAAAGUGGAGGAGCCCUCCAAGUACGGCGUGGUGGUGUGCGAGGCCGACACCGGCCACAUCCACCGGUUCGUGGAGAAGCCGCAGGUGUUUGUGUCCAACAAGAUCAACGCGGGCAUGUACAUCCUGAGCCCCGCCGUGCUGCGGCGCAUCCAGCUGCGGCCCACGUCCAUUGAGAAGGAGGUCUUCCCGGUGAUGGCCGAGGAGGGGCAGCUGUUCGCCAUGGAGCUGCAGGGCUUCUGGAUGGACAUCGGACAGCCCAAGGACUUCCUCACCGGCAUGUGCCUCUUCCUGCAGUCGCUGCGGCAGAAGCAGCCUGAGCAGCUGUGCUCGGGCCCCGGCAUCGUGGGCAACGUGCUGGUGGACCCGAGCGCCCGCAUUGGCCAGAACUGCAGCAUCGGCCCCAACGUGAGCCUGGGCCCCGGCGUGGUGGUGGAGGACGGCGUGUGCAUCCGGCGCUGCACGGUGCUGCGGGACGCCCACAUCCGCUCCCACUCCUGGCUCGAGUCCUGCAUCGUGGGCUGGCGCUGCCGCGUGGGCCAGUGGGUCCGAAUGGAGAACGUGACGGUGCUGGGGGAGGACGUCAUCGUUAACGACGAGCUCUACCUCAACGGGGCCAGCGUGCUGCCCCACAAGUCCAUUGGCGACUCGGUGCCGGAACCUCGGAUCAUCAUGUGA